AAUAACCUCUCAUUUUCUAAUCAGUUGAAAAUCUUUUGCGACAGCGAAUCUCGAUACCGAUCGGCGACUGAUCUUCCUCCAAACACUCACCAACUUGACGGCGGUCAGCUUCUCCGCGGAGCCCGGGACCGCUCCCUCUCUCUACCUUCCUCCAUUUAAUUAAGUAAAGAUCUGCAUUAAAUUAGAUUAAAUUGAACUGAACCCCAAUUCCCCACCAUCUGCAGUCCGACGUCUUUGUUUCCGUUUUCGUGUCGGUGGCGUUUAUCUAACGCUAGGGUCUUUGCUUGGCGGCUCUUGGAUCUUUUCCUUGUUUAGGUAGGGUUUUGCGCGCUUGUGUGGUUGCUCGAGGAGCUUGGAAACGGAGAUCAAUGGAGUUGAGCUAGCUUGUAUUCGGCGUGGCUGGAGAUUUUGACUGCUCGAUUUAGGGUUACUGUUCUUGCUAAGCUCUGUGAGCUUAUUGAAGGGAAUGCCGGGGUGCUUCCGUGGUUAAUUUAUUGGCUUAGGGUUCAAAAUUUUGGUGAAAUCGAGCAUUUUGGCGGAAAUGUUUUGAUUUUUUUGGGUAAAUUUCAGAGGAGGUUAUGUGGUGCUUGAUUCAAGGUGCAUUUUUUUUUUGGAUUUUGACUCUGAAAGUUUCCUCCACGUACGAGAUUCAGAUUUGGGAAUUUUGAGGGUUUGCUGAUGGACAAUGGAGAGGGGUUUUUGUUGCUUGGAUGAAAUUGUGCAAACUGUGGAUUUGUAAUUGAAUGUGUAUCAUUUGGGCAAUUCUAAGGGCAAAUACUGAAAUUGUGAUCGAUCCUAGCGAUAUUAAAGGAAUUGCAAUUGAUUUACGUGAAAGAAUUUCCUGACACGUGAAUGAUCCAGUCAUGCCAAGUAUUAAAGCACCAGCCUCAAAACAGACCGCAACCCUAUCAGUGGCUGUGAAAUGCAGGCCCCUGACGGAGGGAGAGAAGCGGAGAAGCAGACAUAUCAUUCAAGUUACAGACGAAAAGGGUUUAGUUGUUUUAGACCCCGACUUGUCAAAGGACUACCUAGAUCGGAUACAGAAUCGAACAAAAGAGAGAAGAUAUUCAUUUGAUCAUGUGUUUGGACCUGAAUGUACAAAUGGGGAUGUUUAUAGGAAUAUCUCUUCAACAAUUGCUGGGGUUGUUCAUGGCCUUAAUGCAACUGUUUUUGCAUAUGGUUCAACUGGAAGUGGCAAAACUUACACAAUGGUUGGGACACGUAAUGAUCCUGGACUCAUGGUUCUUAGCUUACAUACUAUAUUUGACCUUAUAAAAGAGGACAAGAGCUCAGACACAUUUGAAGUCGCAUGUUCAUAUCUCGAAGUCUACAAUGAAGUCAUCUAUGACUUGCUUGAAAAAUCAUCAGGACACCUGGAGCUCAGAGAAGAUCCAGUAAAUGGCAUAAUAGUUGCUGGUUUAAGAAGUAUUAAGGUCCAUUCAGCUGACAGAAUCCUUGAACUGUUGAAUGUUGGUAAUAGCAGACGUAAAACAGAAAGCACAGAGGCAAAUGCAACUUCAUCACGAUCCCAUGCCGUGCUGGAGAUUACUGUGAAAAGAAAACAGAAAAACCAAUACAAGAGUCAAGUUCUCCGUGGAAAACUUGCCCUAGUUGAUCUUGCUGGAAGCGAGAGAGCUUCCGAAACAAAUAAUGGGGGGCAAAAGCUUAGAGAUGGAGCCAAUAUCAACAAGUCACUCCUUGCUUUAGCAAAUUGUAUAAAUGCCCUGGGAAAGCAUCAGAAGAAGGGCCUUGCAUAUGUUCCUUAUCGCAAUAGCAAACUGACACGGAUUCUGAAGGAUGGACUUAGUGGAAAUUCUCGAACUGUCAUGGUAGCUACAAUAUCACCUGCUGAUGAUCAGUAUCACCAUACAGUCAACACCCUGAAGUAUGCUGACCGAGCUAAAGAGAUCAAGACACACAUCCAUAAAAAUAUCGGGACAGUUGAUACUCAUGUUGAGGACUACCAAAGGAUGAUUGAGAAUCUCCAGGUUGAGGUUUGUCAGCUGAGAAAAGAACUAGCAAAGAAGGAUUUUCAGCUAAGUGUCAAACCAUUUGAAAAGGCAGCUGAUGAUGAGCUAUCUUGGUUGAACAUUCUAAGCCAUGAAACCAGUGAAAAUGUUCAGGAGCGCAUCAAUCUACAGAAGGCAUUGUUUGAGCUUGAAGAAACCAAUCUUCGGAACCGUAUUGAGCUCCAACACCUUGAUGAUGCUAUUGCCAAACAGCAGGUCACCGAAAAAAAUGGAACAAUAGUUCAAGCAUUCAGAUCAAGGAGACAAGUUAUUCUUGAUAACAUACGCGACAAUGAUGAAGCUGGUGCCACUUACAAGAAGGAUAUUGAAGAAAAUGAGAAACGCCGUUGCCAGCUCCAAAAUAUGAUUGAGGAAGCAAUCAGUAACAAUGGCAAUAAAACCUACUUGCAUAUUCUCAGUCAGUAUAGGCUGUUGGGAAUGGCCAAUACUGAGCUUCAGUUUGAAAUGGCCAUGCGUGAUCAAGUAAUACACAAUCAAAGAGAAGCCUUGAGAAAUCUGUGGAACAUGCUCUUGGGUUUAGGACUCAAGCAGAAGCAAAUAAUGGAUCUUGCUGCUAGACAAGGGGUAACCAUUGAAGACUGGACAGUUCCUAAUUCUUCUAUUUCAAUUGGCACGAAACACUCUCCGUCUUUUGCUCAUGAAUUAUCACCUUCCAUGCCAUAUCCUGUUGUCAAUGGGAAUCCUCAUACCUCCAUGGCUUGUGUUUUUCAGCAUCACCAAGAUUUCUGUUCGACAUCUUAUUUCAAAGGUCAUUGUGAUACUCAAACUGUAUGCAGGCAGGAAAGUCGUAGCUCCUACUAUUUGCUGUCACAUGAUAACCCUCACUUGAAGCAUUGUACAAGCAGAAAGCCUGAGACAUGUUUCGCCACUCCUGAAAAGCUUGUCAUUGAUAAAUGCAGCUCUUAUUCUCCAACUGAAACUGAGGCAUGCGUAUGCCAUGAAGCAAGCUUUACGUCAGCAUCUUGCGGCAAUGGUGGUCACCAAGCAAAGGAACCAUGCUUUGAAAAUGGGCAAAAGCAGCAGGAAGACUCUACACCGGGACCAGAUAAUUGUCACGAGUGUGAAGAAUCUGCGAGACAUGCCGGAAUGCCUCAAUCUUUACUUCGAAUCCCUUCAACCAAGUUUGUAAUUUCUGGUGUUACCAAUUCCCACAAUUAUUGCUGUCCAGAAUUGUCCAAAAUACAAUCACCCUAUAAGAAAGUUGUGCCAAGGAGCUCUAAUCUUCCUGGGUCCUAAACUGAAUAUGAAAAAAAAAGGAUGUGUUCUUUUAUUUGUUUUAUCCCUUCCCCUGUAUAGUGUCUGUAGCAAAAUGUAGGUUCAACACGAAGUUAUAUGAGCUCCUAGUGGGCGUUAACCCUGUCCAGUUGUUAGUUUGGUUAGUAGUUUUUGUUAGGUCAAUUUUCAUGAGCAUUGAUUCUCAGCUUAGAUCCAGUCCGAUACGGUGAGUCGGGAGAUUUGUGGGCUCCUUUUGUAAGUGUUGUAUGAUCCACGGCCUUGUUUUGAUUGGAAAGAGAUGGUACGAGCGGAUAUGUUGCUAUUUGUAAACAUUUAUUCAGUUCAUUUAACCCUUUCUCACAACGAUGUUAUUGCGUUGUGUUUUGUAGUACGGUACUAACUUGCGGCCAGAUGUUAUUCCUGAGCCACCUGCUAAGUUUACGUGCGUUCAUAUUAUUGGUA